GUUAUCACAAAAUAAAUUAAAUUAAAAUGUAUUAUUCAUAAUUCAUAUUUAAUUAUUAAUUAAUUUCAGUAGGUUUUAGCAUUGACUAUAAGUAGUACUAUUUAUAACCAAUGGUAUUAGCCAUUAGGUAAUCAAAAAUCGAUAUAAGUAUAAAACUUUUAGAUUUACCUUAAUUAAUUUAUCGCUUUGUCAUUGGAAUUUAAAUUUGAGAGAGUUAAGUACUUAAGUUUUAAUUAGGUACCUAAACUGUUGAAGACAGUAUUUUGUAAUGGUUGAAAUAAAACCCAAAGAAUGUUGGCCAAUAGUUUAUAGAAAAGAAUAUAAUGUUACAUUUUUUGGUCUUGAAAAUUUACAUCCCUUUGAUUCGAAAAAAUGGGCACACAUUUACAAAAUACUAAAAAAUACCUUGGGUUUAAAUCAAAGUAAUAUCUAUGUUCCUGAUGAAAUUACUGAAGAUGAACUGCUUACGAUUCAUAGUGGAAAAUAUCUUAAAAGUUUGAAAUGGAGUUAUGUUGCUGCACGUAUAUCAGAAAUUCCCGUAAUUGUCUUAUUUCCUAAUUUUUUGGUUCAAAGACAAUAUUUAAGACCUCUUAGAUUUUUUAGAUUUCAGGUUGGAGGCACAAGGUUAGCUGGAAAAAUAGCUCGAAAAGAAGGAGUUGCUAUUAAUUUAGGAGGAGGUUUUCAUCACUGUAGUAAAGAUCGUGGUGGAGGGUUUUGUCCAUAUGCUGAUAUAUCAUUGGUUGUGAAUGAUGCAUUACAAGAAAAUGACUAUAAACUGGUGAUGAUUAUUGAUUUAGAUGCUCAUCAGGGUAAUGGAUACGAAAGGGAUUUUAUUGGUAACUCAAAAGUAUUUAUUAUUGAUGUAUUUAAUAAAAAUAUAUACCCUAAAGAUACAUAUGCAGAAACUGCAAUUUCAAAAGCUGUGAAAUUAGAUUACUUUGUUCAAGAUUAUGAAUAUUUAACCACUGUUGAAAGUGCUUUGAUUGAAUCGCUCAUAAAAGUUAAACCAGAUUUCAUUAUUUAUAAUGCGGGUACAGACAUUUUAAAAGGAGAUAAGUUGGGGUUGCUCUCUAUUACUCCAGAGGGAAUAAUACAAAGAGAUGAAAUGGUGUUCAAAUUAGCUCAACAAAAUAAUAUUCCUUUAGUUAUGUUGACGUCCGGUGGCUAUCGUAAGUCAACUGCGAACAUCAUAGCAGCUUCAUUGCAAAAUCUAGUACAACAAGGGCUAGUAAAACCAUCUCAAGUGGAAUAAUACAAAUUUAUAAGCGUAAAAUAUAAGCUCUACAUGUACUAUUAUUAUUCUAUUAAACAAUGAAAAGCGUUCAGAAAAUGUGUGAUACACAAUAAGAAGAAUGCUGUUUAGUAUGUGUCAUAGAAAAAUAUAAAGAAAUAUAUAUAUAUAUAUGUACAAUAUAAUAACAAACAAGAAGUAAUAAUAAUGUAAGAACAUUCAAUAAGACUUCGGUAUUCCAAUAUCCAAUACUCAAUAGUUAAUUAGUAUGUAGUAAAUUAUUUUCUUAACAUAACAAGGUAGUAAAAAUAAAUAAAGUUAAUUUAGUAAAAUAAUAAUAUAUAUUAUAUAUUUAGACUUAUAUAGUAACUUUAUAUUUAUAUAUUAAUAUAAAUAUUAUAUAUAUAUAAAAAUAUAUAUAUUAAUCUUGAAUGGAAAUUUAAUAUAUUAGUUUAACAGUGAUCUGGUUGUGUCAUAAUUUAAAUUACCGAGCAGUAUAGUGUAUAAUAUAAUACUAACAUAAUUAUUCAUAUCGCCCAUAAAUGGCCGGUCAAUAGAUUUUAUAAAUUGCCUAUACAUGCAUACUGAAAAAUACAUUUUUUUCCAAUAUGACCCUUAAAAAUGCUUGGUGGUUUUUAUCAUAUUAAAAAAUAUAGUGAUGGAUGAGUUUUGUUUGGUAGAUAUAAAAUUACACAGUUUUACACUUAACCUAACCAAGAAUUUAUUUUUAAUUAUAUUAUUUGUUGUAGAUGUUGCUGUCUUCAUGUAAAAAAAGAAUAAUAUCCUUUUCGUAUUCAUGUUAACAAUAAUUAUAAUCUCAUAGGUUAUUUUUCAUAAUUAAAGACUGAAUUAAAUCAAAUUCCUUUUUCCUCAAAAUACAAAUAAAGAAAUUAUUUGCUGUGAUAUUUUCUCGAUGGCCCAUCAAUUCAUUCUUAUACAAGUCAGGUAUCGUUAUUUUUUACCUACCUAUCAAUAAAUUUAACGUUAUAAGUAUUUAUCAUACUCUACUAGUAUGUGACCUGCGUUAAAAAAAAAUAUUUUUUUACGUAUGGGUAUGACAGAAUUAAAGAACAGUAUUACCUAGAUAUUUUGUUAAAUAUUUAAAAAUAUAUUUUAGGUACCACAGCACCUACGUCAGUUGUAGGUAUUAAUUUAUUGCAGUAUUCACUAUUUUUUUUUUCGUUAUUUUUCAUCAUUAUUUUUGUUUAUUUGUAUCAACUAAAAUACUAUGGUCUAUGAUCUAUGAGUUAAUUACGUUUUUAUUGUUUUGUUUUCAUUCGUGUUUAAUUUAUGUCAUGUUAUAAGUAGCUAUAUCAGUUAUAUCAUUUUAUAUUGUAAACAAGUUGUUACUCGUAAGUAGUAGUUACAUACUAUGUUACCUAUGUAGUAUAAAUGUAUUUUUUUUUAUUUUAACUCAUUUUUGGCAUGCCGGGUCGUUAGAAAAAAUAUUACAUUUACAUAGUUACAUUUAAUGGUCCAAUCAUAGUCACUAAAUCAUACUUAAGGGACUAUUAAGCUGUUGAUUCAUUAAAUGUUUAAUGAUUGAUAUAUGAUACCCGGCAUUAAUAUUAUAAUUAAACCUGUCUAUAUAUAGAUUCAAAUAUAUACUAUUAUAUAGUCAUAAGUAUGUUGUAAUUCCGUAGUUCCGUACCCAACUUAAAUUCAGGGUACUUAGGUAAUUUUGUUUUAUAUUAUUAAAUUUUAUGUUAUAUUAUGUGAAUCUGUUAGUAAAAUAAAAUAAAUUUAAAAAAAGACUUAAAAAUUUAAAUGUAAUAAACUAAUGACUUAUUUACUUACUUUAUGAGUAUACUUAUAAUAGGAAACCUCAAGGCUCAAGUAUAUAUGAAUAAAAAGUUAAUUUUAUUUAAUACAUAUGUAUGUUAUAUAGUAUUAUUUACAUCUGUAAAAAUUAAAUGUUAGAUUUUAAUCCACUAAAAAAUUUAAUAUACAUAUACUCAAUAUAAAAUGUUAAAAUAUGCCCUA